CUCAAACAAAGAAUCACACUAAAAUCCAAUCAAUCCCCAAACCUCCUCUUCUACCACCAUCACCCUCCGAUAAAAUUCUAAGUCCGUCCCAAACACGCCUUUAGAGCGACGGAGAUUGCUCUUCGCUCAAGGCUUCUAUCUUACAUAAUUAUUAUUACUCAGAUUUUGUGAUUUCAGAAUUUUUUAUUUUAAUUAUUGAAGAUGCCUCGAGCUUCCUCCAGAAAAGCACCCACUAGCAGCUCCUCCACCGCUCCCGAUCUUUACCGAUCUGCUACUGGGAAAGCCGCGAACAAAGAACUGGAGCGGGUUGAUCAGCUCUUUUAUUCUUAUGCUAAUGGUUCGUCCGGUGUGAUCGACCCCGAAGGGAUAGAGGGCCUCUGUUCGGAUUUGGAAGUAGAUCACACAGAUGUUCGGGUGUUAAUGCUUGCUUGGAAAAUGCAAGCCGAAAGACAAGGCUACUUUACGUUGGAAGAAUGGAGAAAAGGCCUUAAAGCGUUGCAUGCUGAUACACUUGUCAAAUUGAAGAAGGCACUUGUGGAACUUGAGAGAGAGGUGAGAAGGCAAUCAAGCUUUUUGGAAUUCUACACUUUCGCUUUUCAGUAUUGCUUAACAGAAGAGAAUCAAAAAAGCAUAGACAUAGAGAGCAUCUGUGAAUUGCUGAAUCUUGUUCUAGGUUCAGAGUUUCGAGCCCAGGUUGACUUUUUUGUUCAGUAUCUUAAGACACAAACUGAUUACAAGGUCUUAAACAAGGAUCAGUGGAUUGGGUUCUAUCGAUUUUGCAAUGAGAUAAGUUUUCCGGACAUGAGUAAUUAUGACGAAGAGCUUGCUUGGCCAUUCAUUCUGGACAAUUUUGUGGAAUGGGUAAAAGCAAAACGGAGCUAAUUUGCUGUCAAGGUUAAAAUUCGGUCUCAGUAUGCAAAGUUUACGGGCUAUCUGCCUCCGAAGAGAAGAAGACUGUGAUAUUCAGCCAUAAUGUCUCUUGUUUUUCUGUUUGGUCAGUGUUUGUAAAGUCACUUGUCAAUACUUUCCAUCGCGGCAGGACCCGUCACAAAUUUUAGGUUAUUCUCAUAGAUAAAACAUUGUUCAGUAUUUAAUACAUUUCAGUAAACUGUAAUACAUGGUACAAUAGAUACAUGAAACGUGCAGAUGUUGAUUUUAGUUUAUAGAGAUUAAGAUUGUGGAUA